GGUUAUCUUGCCCCGUCCACGUAUAUAACCUUUCACUCUUUUCUGCUAUGCAUCUCCCCGACAGACCUCCUCCUCCUCCUUCAGACUGGACACACAAUCACCCAUGCACUGUAGCCAUCCCUCUACUUCCUCAUCAAUGCAUCCAGCCAGCUUAGUGGAUUCCUCUCUCCACUGCCCCGCUCUCCUCCAAGUCCUCGAAGCCAAGGUGACUCAACCAGUAAUCGAAUAUGUCGUCGACUGCGUAGCAGACACCGUAGAUUACGCCAUGGGUCGUCGUUCUCCACCUAGAUCACGCAGCAGGCGCCCAGAACUACACAAAUUCAACACAUUUGUGUCCAAUGUCCUCACAAGAGCAGAGGUUACCACACCAGUCGUCAUCUCAACGCUUGUCUACAUCGACAGGGCAAAGCCCCAUCUACAUAUUGCAUUGGAGGAGUGGGCAUUGGAAAGGGUUUUCCUCGGAGCAUUGAUUGUUGCUUCAAAGUACCUCAACGACUCUACACUAAAGAACAUCCACUGGGCAUUGUGCACCGGUGUCUUUGGCAAACGCGACGUAGGUCGCAUCGAACGAGAGUUCCUCGACGUUCUCGACUGGGAACUCCAGAUAACCGAAGAUGAUCUCAUGAGCCACCACGCGGGUCUCUCUGAGGUGGCACUUCCUCAUAUCUACCAAGCUACAGCGACAAGUGCAUCAUCCUCGUCCUUCGCAUCCCGCCCCCGCCAACAUCAUCGCUCUCGCCACUUGUCAGGUUCCGUACCAGAACUCGAACCCUGCUCUCCUCUCUCCUCUUCUUCGGACAGCAGUUCUUCGUCUCCACAAACACCUUCAUCUGCUUCAUCAUCUUUCGUGGAGAGCCCCAAACGCCCUCAUUCACAGUCAAAGAGCUCAUUCCACGAUCUUAUAAGAUCCUUCCCUGUGCCCAUUCCGCAUAGACAACAUCAGCACGUUGCGAAGAGUCAGUUUCCUAUAAAAGUUUAAAUCCUUCUCUUCGGAAUAAAAAACGACAUCCCAUCGAGUCUUGUGUAUAUUUUUUCUUUCAUUUUUCCCCCCUUCCAUUCGGGCUUUCUUGCAUGCAAUACCAUCCAUCCAUCCAUCCAUCCAUCACUCUCAUUUUCUAUUCUUUGCUUUCUUUCCGCUCUGCAAUUACAUCCAAUGAUCAGCGAUCUCUCUCCUCCUGCAAUUAUUCCAAUAUUUAUUAUACAUACAUAUGACCGUUUUAUGAAUAUGCCUCCAUGGUUCGUAGUCCUAAUUAGUGUACAAUUCUCCUAUCUACCAUACUUUUUUUAUUCCUCCCCUUUUUUUUUGUGCUGCCCAAUGUUGUACGCAGACUGAUAACUAUCGAUUAUCAAUAUCCAAACAUGAAAAAUGCAAAACAAA